CUGUGACACCGUGUGUAUCUCCAUUCCGUGUCAUCCCCUCCUCCCUGCCUCUCACACACUCGCUCUGUGUUGUCACCGCUGCCACCCCCACUCUCCAGCAGCGGCGGCAGCAGCUCCGUGCCCCGGGACCUCAUUCCGUGCCAGGAAUCCUUUUAUGGACUUUUUGGAAGGUAUCAUUAGUGUCAGCUUGAAGACUUUCCCAGAACACACGGACACAGCCCUGGAUCUGAGUGAAGUGGUUCUUGGGGCGACCGGCUAACCAGUCAGGGGAUGCAACAUGACCUCCGCUGUGGUGGAUGGUGGCGGAGCGGUGGAGAGCUAUGUCAGCAAUGGAGUGGAAAACCCAGAACAGGGAGAGGUUCAGGAAACUGAAUACCCUGCUGUCAUUGUGGAGCCAGUUCCCUGUGCCAUACUGGAAGAAGGGUACGCUGCUCAGGUUUUGGUGUACGAUGAUGAGACCUUCAUGAUGCAAGAUGUGGCAGAAGAACAGGAGGUAGAGACUGAAACAGUGGAAAUAGUUGAAGCGUCUGUACACAGCAGCAAUGUUCACUGCACGGACAAGACCAUUGAGGCAGCAGAGGCGCUGCUACACAUGGAGUCUCCCACCAUCCUUCGGGAUUCCAGGAGUCCAGUGGAAGUGUAUGUACCAUCAUGUGUGUCCACCCCAGAGUUUAUCCACGCUGCCAUGAGGCCCGACGUGAUCACAGAGACGGUGGUUGAAGUGUCUACCGAGGACUCUGAGCCCAUGGACUCCUCUCCCAUCCCAAUUUCUCUCGAGCUGGGAGAGCCUAUGAAAAAGAAAAAAGCUGGUCGUAAACCAAAGAUGCAGCAGCCCACAUUUGCCAACGGUUCACCAGAUUUGGGAAUAAAGAAAAAACCUCGGGAAGGAAAAGGAAAUACAACUUACCUAUGGGAGUUCCUCUUAGACUUGCUUCAGGAUAAGAAUACAUGCCCCCGAUACAUCAAGUGGACACAAAGGGAGAAGGGCAUCUUCAAGCUGGUGGAUUCUAAAGCAGUUUCCAAACUUUGGGGGAAACACAAGAACAAGCCAGACAUGAACUAUGAGACUAUGGGAAGAGCUUUAAGAUAUUACUAUCAAAGAGGAAUUCUAGCAAAAGUGGAGGGUCAGAGGCUGGUGUACCAGUUCAAAGAGAUGCCCAAGAACAUUGUGGUCAUAGAAGAUGACAAAGCCGAGCCCUACACAGAAGAGAUGGUAUCUCCAAUUGAUGACAAGUCUCUGGAGCGAGUUUCUAUUCCUACAGAGGGUAUACUUAAAAUGGCCAUGCCAGCUCGGAUAGAGAAAAGUCCUACGCAGCAAACCUCACCCAGAAGGCCUAGACUAGUAAGCUUGGCUUCUCCUGUCUGUGAGGCACCUCCUCACUCGCCCACCAGCACCACACCAAACCCAGCACAGAGGACUGUUCGUGUUGCAAUGCAAGUGCCUGUUGUGAUGACUUCCCUGGGCCAGAAGAUUUCCACUUUAGCCGUCCAGUCUAUGAACGCAGGGUCCCAAUUGUUAGCAGCCAAUACCAGCCCCACAAAUGCAUCCGCUCCAAAGGUUGUAAUCCAGACCAUACCAACUAUGAUGCCAGCUUCCUCAGAAAGUGACAAAUUUACAAUGCAACCUGCCAAAAUAAUAACCAUCCCAACCUCUCAGCUCACCCAGUGUCAGCUGCAGACGAAGCCCAACUUUACUGGUGCUGGGGGCUUGAAUCUGUUGGGCACUCCACUGACUGUGAGAGCACUUACUCCUGUCUCAAUCGCCCAUGGAACCCCUGUUAUGAGACUAGCUAUGCCUGCACAACAGGCUCGGUGCCAGACGCCACCCCGGGUCAUAAGCACCCUCAUUAAAGGACCUGACAUGAAAUCGGACAUAAUGGUGAGCAGGCAGGAUGGAGAAAUGAAAACAUUUCAGCUGGUGAAAGAGGACAACCCAGCAGAUGGGGGCAAAACAGUAACUCAUGUUGUGGUUGUCAGUGCCCCCGCUGGAAUUACCUUGCCAAUGACUGUCAAACAAGAAGGGACGGUGGUCUGUGAAAAGUGAGAAACAUUCCACCAGCGUGCCGUGAGGUUUAGGUCAAACUGACAGUAAGUGGAGUCCAGACCAUAAACUUAUUCUGCGGAAGAAAGGGAGGCGAUUCCAGUCCAACGAGACUUUAAAGCAGAGACCAUGUGUAUAUGUGGAGCGCAAAGGCAAAAAAGACAUUUUCCUGGAAAAGAGUUUGGUUCACAUGCUGAAGGGAAUAUUGCCUCUGCGAUCACCAAUAAAAGUGACUGCAAUUGGGGGGAAAAAAAGAAAAUUAAAACUGAAAGGGACCAAAGUGUUCAUUCAUACAUACACACAUAGAUCUGUUUUUAGGUUACACUAAAUUAGGUGGAACACUAAAAUAACUUUUCAGAGUGGCUGUUUGUUCUCCGAAGUCCAAAAGCAGAGAUUAGGUCAAAAGUGGAAUUGUAAAUGAUCAUGUUUUUUAUUUCUUUAUAUAUAUACAGUAUAUAUGAGUUUUUUUUGUUUUUGUUUUUUAAUACCAGCAGUUUAUACCACUGUGUACAAAUAGCCCUCAUUUAACCGGUGCUAUGUGACAACUCUGCUGAACGAGUACGUGGGGCGCGUAGGAGACUCCCUUUAAGUUUUUUUUUUUUUUUUUUUUUUUUUUUUUUUUUUUUGAAGCGCGACGUGCAGAUGAGAUUUGGGUUGUUAGGAAGCAGAUUUCAUACGGAAGCCUUAGACCGAUUUCAAUUGUAUUUUUUUCCCUUGGAAUAAGCUAACAGCUUGUUUGUAUAAAGCAAUCUUUUUAUAUAUAUAUAAAUAUAUUAUAGAAAAUAUGGCGGGAAAAAAAAAAAAAACCUUGUACCUAGCACAGUAUUGGCAUAGAAUUACUUGUAACAUAUUUUAUACGGUAGAUUAAAGUCUUGAGUUUUUUUUAAUACCUUUAAAUGGCUGGAAAUGUCUAAAAAGCAUACCGAGCUGCCAGCUUAUCGUUCAGAGAAGGGUUAAACUGGGGGCACAGCGGGCAAAUUGGCCAAGUACUGCCACUUGCUUUUGUCACACGGCAUCCAUGCAUACAUUUCAAUUCCUGCUAUCCAUUUGAAAGGUCACUGCACGCAUGAGCCCUUUUUUUGGAGUGCAAGCAUUUUGAAGCCUGCUAUUUUUUUAGUUAAAGUUCUGGCUGGGCGGUCUAGGGGGGAGGGUUGGGGAUAAAGUACCAGUGUUCAGAAUGAACUACAAUAGUUUGUAUAUUCAACAUUUGAAGUAUAUUCUAUUUUGUUGUACUCUUGUUUCAAAGUGUAUUCAAGUAGAUUUUACUGCAAUAUAGAAAAUGAAUUU